AUGUCGUUCUGUGGCGACGAGGGAUGGGGUAUUUUCAGCGAAAGACGUCCUAUGGAUUUCACGCUCUGUUUCCAGGACAGCGUGUUGACUGUAGUCCCUAAUAUAACUCUUCUGGUUGUUCUAUCGCCGCGCUUACACAAGGUCCUUGGCAAGGGUCGCCUAAAAGGAGUCAAAGGCACCAUUGCCUUCUAUGUUAAGUUUCUGAUGGUCCUGACUGCCAUUGCCAUCCAGAUUGCCUUGCUGACCAAGGUUAAAGAUAAUUAUCGGCCGUCAAGUCUCUUGAGCACAAUCAUAUACUUGCCUGCACUGGUCGGCGCUGCUUUCCUACAUUGGCACGAACAUUUCAAUAUGGCCAACCCUUCAGCAGUCCUGCUCCUCUUCUGGUUCUUUACCAUGCUGAUGUCCAUCUUCCCUUCGCGGUCAUGGAUCCAAGAGUCCACAGAAGGCCUCUCCACACCUGCACCUUUACUUAAGCUCCUGUUUUCCAUCGUCUCGGGCCUUAUCUUUAUCCUCGAAAACAUUCCUAAACGCGAUCGCAAAUCCCUCAUCCGAGCCAAUGCGAUCGUGGUGCCUCAGAAAAACCCGUCGCCAGAACCCUAUUCAAGCUUCUUUGCUCGUAUCACAUUUUUCUGGUUGCUACCUUUGCUCCGGAAGGGCAAAAAGAGUACACUCAAGAUGGAUGAUCUUUGGAGCGUCCACCCAAAGCUCCUUAGUUACCCUCUGUACUUGACUACCAAGGCCCGUAUGGACGCUGAUGAAGCCAUUGCUCAACACAAGAUCAAGGAGCAGCAAGCCGCAAUUGAUACUGCAGAAAAGACCGGCGCUACCUCUCCUAAGAAAAUUGCUAGGAAGGAUAGCAAAAACAUUAAGAAAGGUCAAAUUAACUUGAUGGGGGCAGUGCUUCAUACUGUAGGGUAUAGCUUUCUAGCGGCAGUAGCACCAAGGGUCCUAUUCAUUGCUACGUUGUACGUCCGCCCCAUCUUAUUUAAUCAAUUGAUUACAUUCAUCACCAGCUACUCGGAUAUAUCCAGGAUCCAGGGCGAAAAGCCUCAAGAACCUUGGGUUGGAUUCGGCCUCGUGAUUGCUAUCUUUUCUGCAGGUGUCCUCUCCUCUUUGUUUGAUGGUCAGUUCAAAAAUAUCUGCUAUAACGCCUCGCUCAAGGCUCGCGGAGUUUUUGUCAAUUUGAUUUACCGCAAGGCCCUUCGCUUGAGCACCACGAACAAGCAAGAAGGCAUGGGUGCGAUCGUAAACCAUAUGAGCACGGAUGUCGAUAAGGUCGUCAGUUUCUUUGAAUUCGCUCACCUCACCUGGAGCUCUAUUGUCGAGGUAGUGAUCACGUUCGUCUUGCUCUACGCUCAAAUCCGCUAUGCUAUCUUUGCUAGUAUCAGUGUUGUCAUCGUGAUUGUCAGUAUCGCUGGUGUUUUCUCACCCACAGUCAGCAGACUUCAGAAGCAGAUGAUGCAGUUCUCAGAUGAGCGUAUGAAGUUGAUCACUGAGUUAGUCAACUAUAUCAAGCCUAUCAAGUUAUAUGCUUGGGAGUCUUAUUUCUCCAACAAGAUUUCUAAAGUCCGUGUUAAUCAACUCAACAAACUCCGUGGCUUCUUUGGAGUCAUAUCAGUGGUUGCAACGUUUUUAAACAUGAUCGUACCAUUUUCUAUUUUUGCAGCCUUGACAGUCUAUUCUUCGUUUAUUGCGACAGAGCAGGAACCCCUGGAUGUGAGGAGGAUCUUUACGGCUAUCACAUUGAUUAUGAUGUUGGAUGAGCCAAUCGGGGCCAUUAACACAUCGUUAUCGGCCUUAGUCAGUGGAAUUGUCGCCUACAAGCGCCUUCACAACUUCCUGAACUCUGAGGAGGUGGAUGGAGAUAACGUCCAUAGAAACCCAGACAAGAACGCAUCCGAGUUUGCAUAUGAAAUAGAGAGCGGAACCUUUGGGUGGUACACGCCUGAGGCGAUUCAGGCAGCGACUGAAAGGAAAGAGAAGGAGAAGGCAGAGGCGGAGUCAAAGGCUGUCAAGAACAAUAGUAAGAGCAAGAAAGCGAAGAACAACUACAAAAGUGAGGGUAAAUUUGAUGAAACCAGUGAGAAAAAGAGGAAAGAAAGGUUCUCGGAAGACAAAACAGGUGUAGACCCCGUAGCCAGCUCCGACGAAGAGAAAGACACUACCAAAGUUGGGCCAACAGCGCAAACUUCGGAGGUUGAUAAGACAGACGAAGAAAAGCGGGACAGUAUGGGGCCUGUUCUCCAUAAUAUCAAUCUCAAGAUCCGACGCGGUGCCUUGACGGCUGUGGUAGGCCGUGUUGGAGAAGGCAAAUCUUCAUUAGUAGGAGCGUUCUUAGGAGAAAUGCACAAGUAUUCUGGAACGGUUCGCUCUUUUGGGUCUUUGGCCUAUGUGGCUCAAUCUGCUUGGAUCCUGAACGAUACCGUCCGUAACAAUAUUUUAUUUGGACGACCAUUUGAGAAAGAAAAAUACUUGAACACAAUCCGUGCAUGUGCCUUGGUCCCAGAUUUCAAGAUGCUUGUAAAGGGUGACAGAACUGUCAUUGGUGAAAAGCAGCGGAUCUCUAUUGCCCGUGCAGUAUAUGCAGAUGCAGAUGUUUAUAUCCUUGAUGACCCUCUCUCAGCGGUUGAUGCCCACGUAGACCAGCAUAUUUUCGAAAAGGCUCUGGCAACCAUCCUCGCCAAGAAGACGCGUAUCCUUGUCACCAACGGCGUGAACCACCUUCAAGAUGUAGACCAGAUUGUCGUUAUCAGAAAAGGAGUCAUCUCACAGGAUGGGCUUUACCAAGACUUAAUCCAAGACGAGCAAGGAGAUUUGUUUCGAUUGAUUCAGGAGAGCAAGGUCGUUGCUCCUAAACAACGUAAUGAAUUAGAAAACGCAUCAGCUGAUAUUGAUGCCGGCAUCGAAACACUCGACAUUUCCAAGGAUGAUUUUGAUACAGCCAUAGGAGAGGAAGGCAGUGAUAUCUCUUUGAGUGGGGAUUUGGGUAGUGAUGACAGCAAAAUCAGUAAGAACGAUAUACAGCCUAUAAAUGAGAAGGGCAUUGGCAAAGAUGAUAACCCCCGUACAAGGCCCAUACUCAAGCGCGCCAAGUCCUCAAAAGCCAAAGAUGGUGAUCGCCUUGAGCUGAUUGAUGACAAGGAUCAUGUGGAUGAUAUCGACGACGAAGUGAUCGCUCAAGGGCGUGUUGGUUGGCCUGUCUACAAGUUCUACAUUUCCACACUGGGUACCGUAGCCUUGGUUUUGUUCCUCAUUGUCUGUUUGACAUUCCUCGCUGCUGAGAUGGGGACUCAAAUCUGGCUCGAGAGAUGGGGUGAUGAAAAUGCGCGUGUUGCUGCUCUGAAUAUUGAACCACCACACACAACUAACUAUUGGACCAUGACCUACCUUGCAUGGAUUCUUUGUUCCGCAGUGACGUUGGGGCUUUCCAUCGCCACUUCCUUGCUGGUAAUGGCUCGCAAAGCAUCUAAAAAGCUGCAUGUAGCCAUGUUGGGUCCUUUGAUUCGAUCGCCUAUGAGUUUUUUUGAUGUCACGUCCUCUGGAAAGAUUGUGAACCGGUUCUCACAUGACAUCAAUUCUGUAGAUUUUGAAUUGCCUCUACAGUUCUUAAACUUGAUGUUCAUUGUCUUUAGCACCAUUACGACGUUUGGAUACUGCAUCGUGGCCACACCAUACUUUGCGAUCAUUAUGCUCCCAUUAGCCCUUGCAUAUUACUGGUUAGGAGGGUUCUUCUUGGUUUCAUCUCGGGAACUUAAGCGAUUGGAUUCAGCAGCACACUCACCCAUGUACGCUCAUUUUGGUGAGACAUUGUCGGGACUAGUCACCAUCCGUGCAUUCCAUGACUCGCAACGGUUCGCUAUCCAGGCCACAACAUUGUUGGAUCGCUCUCAGCAGACUGCCUACUUGGCCAAUGCAACCACACGAUGGCUCCACAUCAUGUUAGAUGGAUUGAGCGUCCUUAUUCUCACAAUCGUAGGACUUUUAGCUGUCAUUCAACGCGACACCGUUAACUUGGGCUUCUUCUCGAUUGUCCUCUCUCAGAUUGGAAGCCUGACCAUGACUAUGAACCGUCUACUCACUGUCAUCUGUAUGCUUGAGACCUCGAUUGUCUCGGUCGAACGCGUGCGUGAGUACUCUCAACUCACACCUGAGGCCCGUGAUGUGAUCCCAGACUCUAAGACUGAUGAAGCUUGGCCCCAACACGGUAAGGUCACAUUCAAGAAUUAUAGUACUCGUUACCGCGAAGGGUUAGACUUGGUCCUCAAAGAAGUUGAUCUCACAAUCAAGGGCGGUGAACGUGUUGGAAUUGUGGGCCGCACAGGUGCCGGUAAAUCUAGUGUCACGUUAGCGCUGUUCCGUAUCAUUGAAGCAGCUCAAGGCUCCAUUCAAGUGGAUGGGGUCGAUAUUUCGACCCUAGGCCUUCACGAGCUCCGAUCAAGACUGACGAUCAUCCCACAAGAUCCUUUCUUAUUUGGGGACUCUAUCCGGCUAAACCUGGAUCCCUAUGACCGCCAUACAGAUAGCGAAAUCUGGGCUGCCUUAGAAUCAGCUUCAUUGAAAUCCUACAUCCAAACAUUGCCUAAUGGACUUGACAGCACAAUUGAGAACGGAGGUGAGAACAUGUCACUGGGCCAACGACAACUCAUGUCGCUAGCCCGAGCCAUGUUGGCCAAAAAUACAAGAUUACUCUGUUUGGAUGAAGCGACUGCAGCGAUCGAUAUCGAGACUGACAAUGCGAUCCAGCGAGCGCUACGCCGUGAAUUUUCUGGAUGUACCGUUCUGACGAUCGCACACAGAAUUAAUACAAUCAUGGAUAGUGAUCGAAUCUUGGUGCUAGAGAAAGGCCGCGUUGCAGAGUUUGAUACCCCUUCCAACUUGCUACAAAACAAGGACAGCAUCUUUUAUAGCCUCGCGACUCAAAGCGGUAACGCUUAA